CAACAUCCGAGGCCGCUACUUCUGGAGGGGGACGAAAGAUUCUUCGUCCGAGGAGUCGUGUACCAACCCAGAGACAAAUGGCAGCGAGGCGUCAUCAACGAUCCCAUCUCGGACGAUCGUAUACUCGAGCUUCAGCAGAAUAUCUUGUUGUUCAAAGAACUUGGAAUCAACACUCUGUAUAUNAUGUCCGUCACAGGACAAGCGGCAAGACGAGCAUUACUAAAGUACGCAGACUCUAUCGACAAUACCAAGCAGCAUGAUAAAGCAAUGAAGCUACUCGAGGAAGCAGGAAUCUAUGUUGUCGCGACUGUUUCUACCCCGUUCUGCAGCAUCAAUCGGUUGAAGCCUUACGAAUCAUACAACACUGCUAAUGUUUCUGGGUUUCUCAAGACCGCGUGGAUCAUGGCUCAUUACAGAAAUACUUUGGCGAUUGCCGCGGGCGAUUCGGUGGUCAAUGGUCGGAGCAACCUUCCUGCGACUCCUGUCUUGAAAGCUGUUGUUCGGGAUCUGAAGAGAUAUCUGCUGAGCAGCAACAGAAGCAAGGGUACACGAGUAAUACCUGUAGGCUACUCUCCUGCGGGUGUUUCAGACAUCAAUCAAAAUCCAGGGUUUCUAGAAUAUCUAUACUAUGGCGACAAAGAGAGUGUGAUCGACUUCUGGGCACCCAAGAAUUAUUGGUGGGCGGGAAAAUCAGACAUGCAGAUAUCAGGCUGGAACUCCCUCUCUUCAUGGCUCAAAACGAUUGUGACAGAUACUGACCAUGUAACANNGAUCAGCCGAUAUGAGAACUUCGCCAUACCCGCGUUCCUAUCAGAGUAUGGCGCAAACACAGAACAUCCUCGGCAACUUCUCGAAAGCAAGGCCCUCUAUUCAGAUCCGAUGACCAGAGUUUUCUCGGGUGGAUGCAUCUAUGAGUUUACCGACAAUGCGAAUGGUUACGGUCUGGUAGCAAUGCCGGAAGCAGUCGACUCAAGAUGGUUCCGAAUUCGCACUGAUGUCGAGAAGAAUGUGAUGGAGACACGAACAACAGACCAGGGUGAAGUCUACAUCUAUCACGACUUCGCCAACUACAAAGCAGCUCUUGCUCAAUCCGCACAGAACGACCCAAGCUGGGAUAUCAUGGAGCGUCAAGCGACAGAGAGGCAUGGUAUUGAUGUCACACAGGAAACCUGGCCAUGGGGACCUGAGUUUCAUUUGCCUGCUACGUGCAUAGACUGGGACAAUAUCGACGAGCUUGUUGGUUCAUUAGAAAAAGUCUCCCUUGAUGGCAACUCGGAGACUCGCACACCAGCCACU